UGUCUUGCAUGUGCUUGGUUUUCUCCAGCCUCUACGGACGUCUUAUGUAAAGACGAUUGUGGCGGUAUAACAGCUCAGUCCAGCUGGAAUGCUUCGAGAAAAGGUUGUUGGGUAGAAUCCCGUUCGGCUCCUGGUUUGGCUCGUGGGUCCGUUGCGCAAAAGAAGGCUUCGUUUGUGUUGCGCACAGGUGGGCGCGCGCUCCAAAGGUGUCCGUGGCUCUCUUUGGGGGGUUAAUCCACUUUCCCUAAAAAACGGAUUUUAAAAACAUAAAAAUACACCAUAUUAGUAUUUCCCGGUGAGCGAGCGGCGUCCCGGGCUGGCGGCGGCGCGGCGCGUGGGGUUGUGUUGCGUUAAAGAUGAAUUGGUAUGUAUGGUAAUCUCUCCGCGAGAUGGGAGUAUGGGCGGGGCCGCGGCGCUCCUCAUUUCCCCGCCAUGGCUAGCGGGGCGUCAGGGCUGGAGACACCUCCCGGGAACACAGUCGCCAGUCCAGCGCGGAGCACUGCCUGGCCCAAAACUGCGUCUCUCACUCGCCAGGAUUGCCAAAUAUUCCUGAAGAAUAGACCUGCUAUUUAUGGCAUGUGGCUUGUAACUUUACUCCUGUUGUACUCUCUCCAUGAAGUACACAGUGAGGAUGUGGGCACCAGCAGGCUGUACUUUGUGAACGCCUCCCUGCAGAGGGUGACCUACUCCAGCUCUGUGGGGGUGUCCCUGCCCUGCCCCGCAGCCGGCACCCCCAGCGCCGCUCUGCGCUGGUACCUGGCCACCGGCGAUGACAUUUACGACGUGCCCCACAUCCGCCACGUCCACGCCAACGGCACCCUGCAGCUGUACCCCUUCUCGCCCUCCGCCUACAACAGCUACAUCCACGACAACGACUACUUCUGCACCGCCGAGAACCAGGCCGGGAAGAUACGAAGCCCCAACAUACGCAUCAAGGCUGUGUUCAGGGAACCAUACACGGUGCGUGUGGCCGACCAGCGGUCCAUGCGGGGCAACGUGGCCGUGUUCAAGUGCCUGAUCCCCCCCGCGGUACAGGAGUACGUGAGCGUGGUGUCCUGGGAGAGAGACACCGUCUCCAUCACGACAGGUCUCACUCUCUGUGGGUCUCUGUAG